AUGGCACACUCUGCAGCGUGGCACCAGUUACCCUCCUCAUAUCCCUCGGAUGUGCCGGACUUGCUGGUCGCAACUGAGUUCACGGCCGAUUCCUAUGUGGUACGAAUCUCCGACAUGGCUCACGUAUGGGUUGAGGAGAUGGAUCGUCGGGCCAUCUACAAGCGCAGCCUCGCCAAGGACACGAGCAUUGAUCCGACAGACAGCCCUCAGAACAUGCAGGCUUUCCUGUCACGCAUUCUUUCCGCUUUUGACGCCUCUCACGCGCACCACGAGGGUAGUCGCAUGAGUCUCUCGGUGACAGACAACGACUCCCUUGCAUUGGUUAUCACGUGCGAGGUCCCUGGACUUCAGCCUCUUGUAUGGCCCAUGUAUUUCAAAAGAUGUGCUCCGUCCCACGUCGGCACCAAGCUCGUGUUGCCGCUCCUGCAAGCCGAACACGCCCGCAUCAGACAAGUCAACUCCCUACUUGAGAUUGUCCAACAGAAAGAUGUUGUUAUGACCAAACUUUUGGAUAAGUUGGAGGCUACCGGCACACGUCUCGAGAACAUCUUCACAGCUCUUUCGGCCAAGCAGAAAGUUUCGAGACAGACCGCCGAAGCCAAGGUGAGAGGACUCGCUCCAUUCAGAAGAGCCGAAUGGCUAGCUCAAUUGGCGGCCGAUCAUGAGGCGCCUUGCGAUGUAAAUUCUCUCCUAGGGGUCGUCUUUGAAGCGGAAGCGACCCUGACGGUGCCCGAGAUGAAUUACGGCGACUCGCCUGCCCUUGACGACUGGUGGACAAAAGUGGCGGCCGGCCAGGCUAUACCUAUCGUUGGCCCGAAGAAAGCAGCCUCACACAAAGAGCAGACUUCGCCUCUCGAGUCGGUAGAGCCAGAGGACGAAGAUGACUUCCAGGUUCAGUCCACCCCGCCACAUUUAUCUUCGGCUAAGACACGUGCAUCGGAGAAGCAACCUGCCCACCCGAGAGCUGAUGAUGAUUCCACUGAGGAUGAAGAAGAACAUGGCGUUCUGCAACCGUCUCGCUCCUCGCGAAUGCCGGAGAACAAGAAUGAAUCCAUUCACUUGGGUGUGUUAGAAAGCAAGAGACAGACAAUACAGCCGCCUCCGCUACCACCAGGUUCAGAGACAGAGUCCGAUAACUCUGAUGACAACAAUGCUGCUCCUUUGCACCUAAGCUUACCACCACAAGCACCAUCGUCGCCUGUGGCGCCGACUCUUUCCAAGAAGCAAGGGUUCGGUCACAUUGGAAAGUCCAAGCCGCCCAAGGCGCCCAAGGCUCCCGCCUCUCAAUCGACAGAUGCCAUCGCAGUUCCGUCCGAUAGCAAGCCGGUUACUCGUAAGCUGGGUCAGAUCGGAAAGAAGAUCACGAACGACGCCUCUCCAAAUGCUCUUACUGGAUCGCGCGGGCGACCUGCAGAAAGGACGGAACACAUCGAACCGAGAGAGACUUCAGAAGACCGAGCCAACAAGAAACGAGACGAACUACAGAGGGAGUUGCAGAGGAAGGCCAACGCGGGCCCCGCUCGGAAGAAGCGCAAGUUCUAG